CACACCUUGCCAGUGGCGUGUAUGGACAGGGUGACACACCUGGUCCAGGUCAGGACACCUGGGCGCCUCUGGAGCCCACUCUGUCCCAGAUGCAGUGCUCUCCACUGGGGUCUUUGUCUGGAGGAACGGCCCUGGGAAGGUGGAGCUCCAUGGAUUUCAGCUCAUCAUCUACUGAAGACUUCUCCAACACCCAGUUUUUCCCUGACAGUUACCAUGACAGUAUUGCCCCACAGUCCUUUUGUAGUCCCACUACCCCUGGUCCAAGUCCUCAUUACCCACACACCCCAACCAUCUCCAGCCCUGGUCCUCAAAUGCAUCCCAGGAACGAGAUGUUGGGUUUUCACACACAAACAUCCGCACAGCUGAACAGCUGCUGUCUCCAAGAGUCGGACAGCUUCCCUCUGAGCUCUGAACCCAGUCAGCACCACCCACAUCAGUCGAGCCGACGCCUCCUACCGAGCCAAACUGAGCCGAUCCAGGACCAGACGGGUGUCUUCAACAGCGCCGGUGACUUAGAGACCGGUUUCUCUCCACAGGGAGGAGGCCAGAACGUCAGCAGCGCUGCCCAGUCCCCAAGCCUCCCUGCUGGGCCGAUCUGGAGAGAGGAGUGUGGAGGAGGAGGAAGAGGAGAUGGUCAACCAGACUGGACCUGGAUGAAAAGGCCACAACCUGAAAACAUGAAGGUUGUAGACUGCAGGCUGCUGUGUACAGUGUGCAAGCGAGACUUUAGGAGUCUGCCAGCGUUGAACGGUCACAUGCGCUCCCACAGCGGCUUCAGAUCAGCUACAUUGGGGAAAAAGGGCGAGGACUCCUCUCCACCUGCCCAACCCUCAGUCUCCAUGGUGAUGCCGGUCUCCGUGCCCAUCCAGUCCAGAGGUGCGUCUAAGGCGUGUAGGAGCGCACAGAGGAGAUGCAAUCCCCUCUCUCCGGCCACCGGAGGCGCCGUGCUCUACCGCAGCCUGAUGCACCUGGACGCAGCGGCUGCUGGUGGCAGAGAAGCAGUUACCGGUGGUGAUGGAGUGGUUGAUGGUGGCAGAGGUCACUACACCCCUCCGCCCAUGCUGUGCCCCCUCAGGGUGGGGGCGGGGCUGUACUGCUCCCUCACCACCAGGAGGCAGCAGAGAGUGCGAACUGUACAGCUUCACGACACACACAAUGGACUCAGUGACCUUGUUGCCAUGGAUACACUAACAACAGGAGUCAAUAAGCCGCGGAUCAAUGUAGGGCGGGGCUUCCAGGCUGAAAUCCCGUCCCUACACAACCAUAAACGCGCCCACUCCAACUCCCAGGAUGCACUGCUGGUGUGGACGCCAUGGGACGAGCUGGAGAAACCUGUGAAUCAACAGAGAGUCGAGGCUCUGUUGAUGAUGGUUCGAUCCAGUGUGGUGCCAGGGGGCGGGGCCAGCCCAGAGCACGCCCUCCACGCCCUAUCAGAGUGCAGAGGAGACUUCCUGCUGACGCUGGAGAAGCUACUCUCCUCUCCUGAAGCCUCCAACAACAACCACACAGGAGUGUGUUGGAGUGCGGCAGAGAUGAAGUUGUUGGUUAAAUCCCUGCAGCUCCAUCACAAAGACUUCAGCAGCGUCCAGAGAGCCGUUAAGACUAAGUCCCUCUCUCAGUGUGUGGAGUUUUAUUAUCUGUGGAAGAAGAAGCUGAGUCUGAGUGUGAGGACCCCGGCCGGGCUGACCGUCACUCUGCCCAACACAAAUAGGUCAUCAAGAUCCCAUGAUGCAACAUGAACCCCGACUGGACUGAAGCUACACACUACUUGCUGGCUCACACAAACAAACACACACACACAUACACACACACACACACUCACACAAACAAACACACACACACAUACACACACACUCACACAGACACUCUCACACACACACACACACAGACACACACACACUCACACAGACACACACAGACACACACACACACACACACACACACACUCUCACACACACACACUCACACACACACACACACACUCACACACACACACACAUCACACACACACACACACAGACACACACACUCUCAC